UCGUGACAGUGAAUAAAUACAACAUUGAAAACUUACAGGAAAGCUGGGAUAUAUUCUUUCCGGGUCCAGACGACUUUAUACAUACCAAGUAUUGACAAUAUUGUUUAUGUGAGAGCAAUUUAUCAUCGAUUUGUACGUAAAAGCAUACAUUUAUAUCUGACCUAUUUGCCGCUGCGCAGUAGGCUUUGUGUUUACAUCAGCAAAGUCGCCAUCUUGUCAGGUUGGAAACAAGCAUAAUCACAACAGUUGUAUUUCAACAUUUACAACGAUCACAAUGAAGUGGCAGUACAAAGAGGAGCAUCCAUUUGAGAAGAGGCGGGCCGAGGGGGAGAAAAUCAGGAAGAAGUAUCCUGACCGUGUCCCAGUCAUUGUUGAGAAAGCCCCCAAAGCCAGAGUAGGUGAUCUGGACAAAAAGAAAUAUCUGGUGCCAUCAGAUUUAACAGUUGGACAGUUCUACUUCCUCAUCCGUAAACGUAUCCAUCUCCGCCCUGAAGAUGCCCUCUUCUUCUUUGUGAACAAUGUGAUUCCCCCAACCAGUGCAACCAUGGGAGCUCUAUACCAGGAACACCACGAGGAGGACUUUUUCUUGUACAUUGCCUACAGUGAUGAAAGCGUCUAUGGAGCAUAGGGAUUCUAGUUCUCUAUACUUUUGUAAAUAUUUCUCAGCUCUCCAAUAUCACAGCAAAUGUCAGUGUGCAAGUUGUACCAUUGGAACAUUUCAAGCCGCUCGUGUUCUAUUUCCAGUCACAGCACUCUGCCGUUUUUGUCUCUAAUAUUUCCCUUUUCAAGAAAAAUGUGGCCAGUAUGUAACUGGUGAAUUGGAUUUUUUGUUUAUUUUAGACACAUAUUUAAACUUUGUGUUUCAUUUGGUUAUAUUUAUUAAAAAAUAGUCUUUAGCUAGUCUCAAAUUCUUCAUUUUCAAAUAAAUUCCCCCAAACAUGGCACAGGCAGUAGUGUUGUCUUUUCUGUAAGUAUUCGUGGAAAUGAGUCAUGAUGAUAGCUUGUCUCAAACUGGUGAAUGUAUGACUUUUGAAUUAUGAUAAACUCAUCAGUCUGCUCAACGUGAUACCAUAAAUUAAGAAAGAAAAAUCUCAAGCUCAUCAAUCAUAAAAUUAAACAUUCAUCAGAUCUCUUCAAAGCUGUCCCCUGCAGUGAUGUUGUCGGAGCCCAACACUGAUAUUAGCUGUGUGUACAAAGUAAGACAGAACAGUUAAAUUAAGCAUUAAUUUGUCCCUUAACUUUGUGUUGAUGUUACACAUUUUAUCACAACUGUAGCUUUUAUUGUAUUAUAUUGUUCAUGAGUCAUUUUAUUGUCUUAAUUGUGUACAUAGUUCUAUGUAUGUUCUAGGGUUUGGGACUCAGUUAUUAGGACAGUUUAUUUAAGUUUAUUAAAGGUGUUUGUGAAUAUGUUGUAGAAAAAAAGAGUGAUGUUUGUGUUAUGAUUCGAGGCAUUUGUAUAAUGGGAACAUGACAAUUUGCUUGUAAACCAUUAUAAUGGUUUUAGCUUGAAAUAAACUUGUUCAAAUGCUA